AUGUGCAUCAACCGAGAGCUUAUUGUUGAUGAACAGCAACGGCAAGGCACGAAUGCCUCUCUGGAUGCCGGUGUUUAUGAUCUAAAGCAGGUUAAUGGAGAGCUGAACACAGGAACUGGCGUCCCAAAUUGUCACUAUGCAAUGAUAAGAUACUUUAAUCCUGAUCUGUCAGCAAGCUUUCGUGUCGGAUUGCAAUAUGAUAGAAAAGAAAAAUUUAGGUAUAUCAUGUGUGGAAAAAAGGCAUUUCCUGUGACUGCAGAUGGGUUGAUGAGCUUUAAUAUAAAGGGACAAUGUGAUGUUGACAAAGACCUUAGAGAGAUGAGACUGUCAAGAGGGGCUGCUGAAUUUACUUGGAGCAUAUUCAAUUUCCAGAAAGACCAAGAUGUAAGGCUCAAAGUUGGCUAUGAAGUUGUUGGCAAGAGAAAUUUCUCAAAAAGAGUCAAUGUGACGAUGCAAGAUGAAGACCGUUACCAGCUUGACACACAAUUGAGCUUCAAACCUGAAUCAGUUCCAUACCUGCAGAUUAGGGAAAACAAUUGGACGGUGAAUGCUGACAUUAAUGGCAGAUGGAAUGGUGCGAAGUUCUGUGCCUGGGAAAUAGCCUUCAACAACGUAGAACAUAUUACGAGAGAUAUUGAAGGGGCUGGUUGUUUCGUUAUAUGGGGCAAGUAUGUUUCCCAUUGUGGUAGGCCGCCAAUAGGCAAGUCACCUGCAUAUCAUAACCGUGCCACCGAGCCAAGGGACUAA